AAAUAACGAGUUCACGCAUCCAUUUUGGCGCCAAAGUGUUUUUGGUAGUUUGCAAGUGUCUUGAAAAUGAACAGAAGUGUUUUUUUGAGUCUUUUUGAGUAAUAGAGGCUACUCACGAAUAUUUGAUAAUAAUAAUAUUGUGUGCUGUUUGUUAGUGUUUAUGUAGAGACCAAUAAUAGUGAACCAGUAUGACGUACCCAGCCAGUGGAUAAAUAACGUACUUCAAGAUGGAUCGUCUGUGGAACAGCUUCAAAAACAGGAAAAAUCACAAAGACUCAAAACAGGAGUUAAGUAAAAGCAGGUAUUCUCUGGUAUCCACCAGUGAGGUCACAGCUGAUACUCUUCAGUUAUGGCUGGAGCUACCUGAAGAAGUCAAGUAUGACCCUGCUCUAGAGCAGAUUAGGCAGAUCUACGAGAAAGAGCACGGUCGAGAAAAAAUACCGCUGCGCCCUAGCAAGGAAUCGAACCCGAAGCGUUUGCACGCGGUCAACUCAGCACCAGCCCUUGGCAGAAUCGAAGAAAUCAAAAAUGGCGGUCAGAAACAUGCCUUUGAUAUUAUUGAGGAGUUGGGUGAGAAGAGUGAGGAGAAAAUCUCUAACAACGUUAGAAUCAGACAAAAACCGUCCAGGACAGUCCACGCGAAAUACUACACAAAGAUGACAAUUUUACUGGCGUGCUGGAUGUUCUUCACAGCUGUAUUCUUGAUGUACAAUGAGAAGCAGGAUAUAGUGAGGACUUCGUCCAUAGUACCAGGAGAGGAGAAAAAUUACACGCUUCAUUUCGAUGGGGAGCCAAAAGUGCUAGUAAAACUCACUGGGCCAUUCCUAACUGAGAAUGCUGAGAUGAAGAUGAAUCAGAGUCAGCUGGAUGGAGCCCAUAGGAUGAUGGUGUGGCUUGAAAGAAGCGAUUUGAGCAGUAUUAGAGAAGAUACAGAGAAAUCGCAAACCUGGUCAAUAAUUCUCCAAAAUGAGAACUCACUGGACUUCAACAUUGGUGUUCCAAGAUCUACCAUACUCAGAAUAGAGUCAUACAGAGACUCCAACCAAACGUAUUCUUUGAAGAUGAACAUGACUGCGUCUCGUACUAUGCCUUUUACAUUGAGUUACAUGGUCAACCCCAUAGACGCCACUACAGGUGUGAUAUACUCGGUUGUGUUGCUCUGUGGACUGUACAUUUUGAUUAUAUUCGAGAUAGUGAACAGAACAAUGGCAGCAAUAACCGUAGCUACCACCUCCUUAGCAGUGCUAGCACUAGCGGGUGAGAGACCAACGUUACCUGAAGUGAUCUCAUGGCUGGACGAAGAGACGUUGGUACUGCUCUUCAGCAUGAUGAUCUUAGUAGCCAUCAUGGCGGAAACUGGGAUCUUUGACUUCUUAGCUGUUUAUGCUUUUGAGAUAACGAAAGGCAAGCUGUGGCCGUUGAUCUACCUCCUCUGCAUCGUCACGGGAGUCCUUUCCACCUUCCUGGACAACGUCACGACUGUUCUUCUGAUGUCGCCGGUUACAAUCAGACUCUGCGAGGUGAUGGACCUGGAUCCGGUGCCGAUCCUGAUGUUCAUGGCGAUGUACAGCAACAUCGGCGGCACGGCCACGCCGGUCGGUGACCCGCCGAAUGUGAUCGUCGCUUCGAACAAGGCGGUCAUUGAUGCAGGCAUCAAUUUCACCAACUUCACAGCGCACAUGGCUCUGGGCAUCGUCUUCGUGACGAUUCAGGCGUCUCUUCAGAUCCGAUUCAUGUUCCGUGAUACGAAUAAGCUGAGGCUGGCUGAACCGAGGGAAAUUCAAGAAAUCCGCCACCAGAUCUCAAUAUGGCGUCGCGCUGCCGACUCUCUUCCCCACCUCAGCAACGGGGUGGGUGUGGUAAGAGAGAGGCUGGAGAGAAAGAUCAGCAAGCUGGACGUCCAGCUCAAGGUUCUGCAGCAGGAGAGCAGCGGGAGAGCGUGCCCGAGAGAGGCUUUUCAGGGGGCGCUGCAAGGGCUAAAGGAAAAGUACAAGAUCCGGGACAAGGUGCUGCUGAUCAAGGCGACUGUUGCUAUUGCGUUCGUCGUCAUCGUCUUCUUUCUCCACUCUAUUCCUGAACUAAAUCGAGUGUCCCUAGCCUGGACGGCACUCUUAGGCGCUAUCCUGCUGCUGACCCUGGCAGACAGAGAGGACUUGGAGCCGAUCCUGCACCGGGUGGAAUGGUCCACGCUGCUGUUCUUUGCAGCCCUAUUUGUGCUUAUGGAGGCUCUCUCUAAGCUCGGAUUGAUCUUAUACAUUGGAGGCUUGAUGGAACAGCUGAUCAUAAGGGUGAACGAAGAGUCCCGGCUGGCGGUAGCCAUCUUGCUUGUUAUUUGGGUUUCCGGGGUGAUCUCAGCGUGCGUGGACAACAUACCGCUGACCACCAUGAUGGUUCGCGUGGUGGUCUCCAUAGGGUCCAACCCUGCACUCAAUCUGCCCAUGGGGCCGCUGAUCUGGGCGUUACUUUAUGGAGCUUGCUUGGGAGGUAACGGCACACUCAUAGGCGCGAGCGCGAACGUGGUCUGCGCAGGAGUGGCGGAACAGCACGGCUACAAGUUCAGCUUCGGGCGGUUCCUUAGGGUCGGGCUGCCGAUCAUGAUCGGGCAUUUGAUCGUGGCGUCGGCGUAUUUGCUUGUAUGCCACUGCGUUUUUAGCUGGCACUGAUGCUUGUGAAAUACAGUAAAGCCUGGUAUGGACAGAGGGAUAACCGCGCGGUUGCUGGGAAGAAAAGCCGUUUUCUGGCUUCGUACAUUUGCCUCAAAACGUACAUAAGGGCUCGAUCCCACGGCAAUCCAGUUUUGCAGGUAUUACUGGAUACCGCAAAACUGCGCAUUCGUGUGUGCCUACACACACGUGUGUUUAAAAUUCAAACUGAUCAGUUCUUUUCGGCACAAUGCAAACGGGACAUUUGUUUGAAUGUUAACGUUAAAACACUACUAAACGGGAUCCUGCAAAAAACGGGAUAUGUCCGUGGGAACAAGCCCUAACCUUAUGAUUGCUGCCUUAGUGCCUCGUCAAUAAGAAACCGCGCGGUUAUCACGCGUGUCUGAACUCUGCACAAGGCCUAAGACUUCUCGUACCGUAGACUAUCUAACUAUAUCGCCCGAUUCUAAUUUGUAUGAAGAAUCGGCCGAUACCAAAUCGGUGUAAUGUGCGCACUUCCAUACAUGCCCAUACUGAUUAACUGCCCGACUAUCGGCCGACGUAAAAUCGGUGGUCUGUGCCUAGGUUUAGUCGGCCGAUAGUUUGAUAGGCUUCCAAUUUGUAUGAGGAAUCGGCCGAUAACAAACCAGUACCUCUAGCAUGAACAACUUUCGUCUUCGAAUCGUUAGCGUAUUCGACAAAAUUCCAUAGUCAACCUUCGAAUUAAAUGAUAACGUGCCAAUUUUGAUUCUCUAAAUAAGUUUCGUGCAACCAUUUCUCAUACUAAGUUCACUUUACGACACGUUCACAAGGGCGCUGGUGUAGUUUUCGUACUAAAUCUUUUAAAGGCGAUUCGAAUACGCAUUCGAACUCGAAAGUUUUUCGUGCUAGCCGUACAGUAGGUAGGUAUGUAAUUUGCAGUGAAGUGAAAAGUGUGUAAAGUGUAAUGAACAUGUAUGAAAUGUUCAUACUGCAGGCUGAGUGUGAGUUUACAUCAAACGCUCACUAGUGAGCGCGUUUAAAAAAUGUAUGAAAAUUUUAGUUUUUGAAAGUUUCCCGCUAGGGGCGCUGUACAAUCCGUCAUACAUUUAAUGUCAUUUUUUGACGCACUCACUAGUGAGCGCGUUUGAAAAAAACUCACACUAGGCCCUCUGAUUAAAGACCCGUCCAAAGUGUAAUA